GUCAGCGAGCGCAAGUGUGCGAUAACAGCAGCGGCGGCUCUGUCUGGAGCUCACACUGUAAAUUACAGAAGCCCCCCUCCUCUGGAAGACGGUGUUUCUCCCAUUAUGGGCGACAAGAAAAGCCCAUCAAGGCCAAAAAGACAAGCCAAGCCCUCUGCAGACGACGGAUUUUGGGACUGUAGCGUCUGCACCUUCAAAAACAGUGCAGAGGCAUUCAAAUGCAGUAUAUGUGAUGUGCGGAAAGGUACAUCAACAAGAAAACCUAGGAUAAACUCUCAACUCGUGGCACAGCAGGUCGCUCAGCAGUACGCCGCUCCACCCCCAGCUAAGAAAGAAAGGAGAGAGAGGACAGACCUGCCUGACGACGAACACUUUGACAUGGACAACUCCGAUUCGGACAGACUCAGCAGUCUCCACCCUGACUCCGACCAUCCAGAGAGAUUAGGUCUGGACGGGGGACAGCCGGACAGAGGACAUUCUCAUAAGGAGCGGAGACAGGAGAGUGGGCUGGACAAGCACCAGCAGCUCAAUACAGACAGACAGCCUGAGAGAGCAGAACUGACCCAGGACCUGCUGCAGCACAACACGAUAGACCGAGAGCACACGGAUGGAGCAAUGCUGGACAAACUGCAGCCUCAUUUAGAGCACAUGGAUAAAGAGCAUCUGCACAUAGCAGGACCUGGGAUGCAGCCGGCAGAGAGAAUGGGUGCAGCGAGAGAGGAACUCAAAAAGGGAAAGAUAGAAAGAGCCAUGAUGGAGAAACACAAAGAUAGACAUAAAAGCCUCACUCCAUCUAAAAAACCCACUGCAAAGAAGAUAAAGCCCAAACUCAUUCAAAAAGGCUUGGCUGGUGACAGCAAUAUCAUGAAGCCUGGCAAGUCUGUCACGAAGAAAAAAAAAUCCAGUAUUUCACGCCCUAAACUGAAGAACGUAGACAGGAGCUCUGCUCAGCAGCUCGCAAUAACGGUGGGCAAUGUAACUGUCAUCAUCACAGACUUCAAGGAGAAGACUCGCUCCACAUCCACCUCCUCAUCCACGGUCACCUCCAGUGCUGGCUCUGAGCAGCAGCACCUGAGCUCCAGCUCGGAGAGCACAGAAAAGGGCUCCUCCCGCGCAUCUACCCCUAGAAGAGACCACUCAACUGGCCACAACGAGACCCUGUGAAAUCUCUCUUCACAAGAGCUGGAGCUCCUACAGCCACACAUGUAACUGUUAUAGUCACCUUAUGUGGAUGAGGGAUCUUUCAAACCCAUUUAGGCAAUGCCCAUCCUGACAUACAGGCAGACGUUACCUGUUUAAAUCCCUCGUGGAGCACCUAUUAGAUUGAUGUGUUGAUGUUUAUGUGAGUCACUAUCACGCCGAGACCCACUGUAUAUUCUGUGCCCUACUCUUACAAGAUAUAAUCCCUAUUUGUGCAUCACAGAAAUCGGCACUCCACGUUUGCAUUAUUAUCCUUCAUUGUCAUGAAAUCGUGCAGACGGCUGUUUUGACUUUGUGUUUAGAGCUUAGAAUUGUUUAUGCUAAAUGUAUCUGAGCUUCGUUCUCCAACUCAGAGUCAACAAUUUGUUGCCGCAGCUGUUUGUAGAAAGUAAGGAAUCAACGAUAAGAUCAUGCUGUAUACCACCUUGUAAAGGGAGAUUUGUUCCCUUAUUAUUUCAUACGACAGACUCUUGUGUGUUUACAUGGUGGAAACACAAAGUGUGAUUAUGUGAGUUUACAGUAUUAUAAAUCCAAGGCCAACUUUGAAAUCCAUACAGUGUACCAUGUAGACAUGUUUUGGGGUUCACAAGAUAAGAGAGUAUUUAGAAUAUUCUUUCUCUGUUUUUAGACUUUAAAACUUUGCACAUUUCUUGUAAAAUUAUAUCAGGAUUCACAAUACUGUCUAUUAUUCAGUGUAAUGGGAACGUAAUAACUUUGAAAGUGUGCAAAGAAGUCUUUUGUGACAUUUUGAAGAGUUCACAAAGCAUAUACAUCACAGAUAACUGUACUUAGGGAAGAUCAACAAGAUCUCUUCUGAAAUUGGUCAACUCAAUCACAAGUACUCUGGAUACUCAAAUGUGUUUUAUGGGACUCAAGUAGUCUGAGAGUUGUGAUUUAAACGUUAUACAAUUGGCUUCUUACGAAAAGUUUAGCACAGGUUUACUCAUUCUAACUUUUGUUAAAAAUCUAUAAGCUUAUGAAGCUAAUAAAAGCCUUCUUAAACUCACUAUUGUCUCAAAGCAUGUUACGAAUGUCUAUGUGAAAUUUGGUUUCAUGAAAACAUUCUUAAAGCCAUUCAGUUGAUAUACCAGAAGCCACAAGCAAGGAUUAAAGUGAAUGGGAGUCUCACAAAUACUUGGAAUCUAGAGAGGGGCUCAAGGCAGGGAUGUCCUCUUUCACCCCUUCUAUUUGCCCUCUAUAUUCAAUUGCCCCUAUGUUGGGAUAAGAAUGGGGGGUGACUCAUGUCAUCACUAGACAUUUUUGGCACCUUCUCAGGAUAUAGGUUGAAUGUACAGAAAACACAUCUUAUUUGUUUUAACUAUGCACCUUCAGAGGAAAUUAAAGUUACAUAUAAGAUGAACUAUAAAUCAGAAGUAAUAAAAUAUUUGGGUAUACAACUGCCAAAAGAUAUUAGUAAAUUGUCAGAUGUGAACUAUAGACCCUUAAAUAGUAAGAUGCAUUCAGAUAUGAGGUGGAGUAUAAUCCCUUUCUUUAAUUUAGGGCAAGAGUAGAUACUGGAUCAACUAUUUAAUGAAUGGGAGAAAUGGGUCAAAAGGUUCAUUUGGCAGGGUAAAAAGCUUAGAAUUCGUUAUAGUAUACUUCAGUUAUCAAAGGAAAUUGGAAGAUUCCAUCUUUUAAAGAUUAUUAUAGAGCUGCCCAAUCAGAUAAGGCACUACUUUGAUUUAAUAGUGAAUGAGCAUGAGAACUGGCCAAAAACUUAUCUGAUGAAGAUAUUUCUGGCAGCUGAGAAGGCCCAAACAUUAAGUCAAUUAUUUUCUAAUUUGUAUCAAGGUCUCAAAAAGGGCAGGUUAGAAUGAAAUGGGAAAAUGAAAGUAAUGUAAUUAUAACAAACGAGGAUUGGCUUAAAAUAUGUACUGUAAAUACCAAUGGGAAACUACUGGAUCUCAUUAAUGGAGGAUAUUUGCUUGGAAAAAUGUAAUGCGAUUUGUUUUUUGUUUGUUUUGUUACCCUGGCACAAGAGAGUUAUGGUUCUUCUGGAACUCAGAGCUGGAGACUUUGUGGAUCUGAGGUGGCAGAUCAUUACCACAUAUUCUGGGCUAUACAUUUAUUCUGGAAACACAUUCAUAGAGAUUUAGAGACUUUAUUUCAAAUUAAGAUUCCAUUUAAAUUCACUGUGUUGUACAUUGGAGAGUUUUAUCAACAGAAAUUCAAUUUUAGAUAUCUGUGGAGAAUAUUUUUGGCUACUAGCAAGAAAGCUAUCACCCGCAUAUGGCUUCAGCCUGGACCACCCACAAUAGAGGACUAGAGGAGUAUAGUGCACGGGAUACAUAGAUAGAAUCGAAUCUUUGACUUUCUUACUGAGGUUGAAAAACUGAAAGGGUGCCUCAUUGUGUGGAUGGUGGAAGGAAUUCGUGGACUCAAUUUAAUAAGAUUAUAGGUGUCAACUGUAAUACAUGCAUGUGAAAUAAUUGAUCCUGCUACUAUGUGAACUUGCUUAAUUUUUUGUAUUUUUAUGUUUUUCCUUUGUGUGUUUUUUGUUUCUAUUCUGUACAUAGUUAUUAUGAAAGAAGUCAUUCGGUAAGAAUGUCACAAC